AUGAUAUCAAAAUGGUAGACGAACAAUCAAGAUCACAAGACCGAAAGACCGAAAAAAAAGUUUAGAAUCAUGACAUAACCCAUUCAUUGUGUCAAAUGACAAUGUGCAAGAAAAGACAUUUUCUGAAGGUUUUAUUGAUACUGCUACCUUUUGUAUAUGUAUCUGCACUAACCUCAGCAGAUAGUGUGUUCCUUCAGUUUAUCCCCCAGUGUAAUACAACCUUUAAAGAUUGUCGACCUUGCGAUCCAGGGUAUUUUGCUGAUGACAACACCACUGAUUGUUAUUGCUGUGACAACCCUGGUUACUGUAAAACAGACUGUACACCCUGUCAGCCAGGAACAGAACAACAUCUACCAGGGAAGACAGAAUGUGAUCCAUGUGAAAAAGGUCGGUACUCUGUAAAUUCGGCAACAAAGAAAUGUAUAUUAUGUCAUGCAGGUACAUAUCAGAAUGAGACAGGACAGACAGAAUGUGUCUGCUGUGAUACAGGAACUCAUUGCAAUGAGGAAGGGUGUACAGAAUGUGAACAGUGUGAUAAAGGUUUUUAUAGCAACGUAACAUGUUCCCCGACCUGUGAACCAUGCCCUGAGGGUCACUAUGUCAACACUAAUGGUUCAACUGAGUGCAAAAGUUGUGAAAUAGGUCAAUAUAGCAACAUAACAGGGUCUACACAGUGCAGGGAAUGUGAUCCAGGACAUUACCAGAAUACAACUGGAGCUGCAGUUUGUAAACCAUGUGAACUAGGUUUUCAUAAUAAUGCCACUGGAGCUAGUGAAUGUUUUCCAUGUGAGGAGGGUCAUUAUAGUAACAAAACUGGUCAACCCUCUUGCUCAGAAUGUGAAAAGGGUUACUAUAGCAACAUGACACAGACAGUGGAUUGCAUGGCUUGUGAAAAAGGAACAUAUCAGAAUGAGACAGGUCAGACCUUUUGUCUCAGCUGUGGUGCUGGACUGGAAACAAGGAAAGUUGGUAUGUCGGUGUGUGAGCUUUGUUUAGAUGGAACAUACAAGCCAGAAGAUGGUCCUCACACUUGUACAGCCUGCAAUCCUGGGACUUACUCAGAUGGGAGUAAGUUCGGAGAAUUGAAUUUAAAUUGUACAGAUUGUGAAGAAGGACACUUUCAGGAAAAGAAAAAUAAAUCCUCUUGUGAUCCAUGCCCUAUUGGAAGAUAUGUUAAUGCUAGAGGGGCAACAGGAUGUUUGCCAUGUGCUGAAGGUCAUGAAGCUAGAAGUACUGGUGCUACAGCAUGUACACCCUGUCAAGCAGGAACAUGUAAAGCAGAAAAAAGUGAUGAAUUGUGCAGACAGUGUCCUGAUGGUUCCUAUGCAGAUAAAGUUGGUCAAACACAGUGUCAAAAAUGUCCUUCCGGUUAUUACUGUCCAAAUGCAGCAUUACCUCCCCAAAAGUGCCCGGACAAUAGCUACUGUCCACCAGGCACAACAUCACCAAUUUAUUGUAACACACCAUGGUUUAGAUUUGGUAAGUCAAAGGAAUGUACGCCUUCAGGGGAGCUAAUCGGUGUUAUAGUUGGUUGUAUUCUUGUGUUCAUUGUGAUAGUAAUUUUUGGAGUGUAUAGAAUAAGGCAUUGGAGACACAAAAAACGAAUUCUGGAAGAAAGUCAGCCACUAUCUGACAAUUCACAGCCUGUGUAUAGAGGCUUCUAGACACAGAAUUAUAUGGAAUAAACUUUGGGUUAGACUUUAAACUGUGGUAAGAGGAACUUAAGGCAUGAUUUGACAAAUUUUUGGUGUAAAUUAUCUGUAAUCUCAAACUCAGGGUCAUGUGACACUCUGAUAAUUGUUUGAUAAAAACCUAUAAAUGUUAAUAUUACAUCCUGUGUAGUUGCAGUGAAACCUGAAACGUCAAUAUUUUUCCAUCUGAAUGUUCAAACUUCAUAUCAGGUGCAUUACUGUGUUUGUGACGUCAGUUUCAUGCGUAUUGUCAUGUUUAGAUGUUCUUUAACGAUGAUAUUUUCAGUUUUACUCAGGCUAAAUAAUUUAUAUAAUUUAUAUAAUAUUUAUAAGAGUAAUAUGUGUAUACAAUAAAAAGGUUAUUAGAUUUUGCAUCGAAAAAUAUGCACUCAUUCUAAUGUAAAAAAUUUUUCCACAGCAGAACUUGUAUAUAUUUCACGAUUCAAACCUAAUAGGCUAUAAUAGCAGUAUAGAAAGUGUUGCAACUUGAUGUUUUAUUUCAAUAUUGACUAAAAUGUGAAAGAAAUACCCAUUUGCUGCUUGAGGCACAAUUACAGGCAAUGUUUGGGUAGACCAUCCAGCCGUCACAGGUUAGUGUGAUGAAUUCCCUAUAUGAAAGAAUAUAGCUUGUGCAGUGUUUUAACCCACAUCCAUGAGUUGUAAUUGCUUGGAAGUCAGAAACCAGAAUUUGUAUAUUUUUUAAGAAACGUGUUGAACAAACUUCGAAAUGAUCUUUUUGCUCAAAUUUUAUAACUUGUAUUUUAGUAGUGAAACAUUCCUUAAAUGAAAACAGUAUUUUUAGCUCACCUGAGCCAAAGGCUCAUGGUGAGCUUUUGUGACCGCUCAGUGUGUGUCGUGUGUCGUGUGUCCAUCAACAUUUUCUAAAAAAAUCUUCUUCUUGAAAGCCACUUGGCAGAAUUACACCAAACUUCACAGAAAUGAUCCUUGGGUGGCCCCCUUUCAAAAUUGUGCAAAGAGUUGAAUUCCAUGCAGAACUCUGGUUGCCAUGGCAAAACCACAGGGCCUAGGGCUUUCAUAUCUGGUAUGUAGCAUCAUCUAGUGGUCCUCUACCAAAAUUGUGCAAAUUAUCCCCCUAGGGUCAAAUAUGGCCCCGCCCGGGGGGUCACAUGGUUUGUAUAGACUUAUUUAGGGAAAACUUUGAAAAUCUUCUUGUACAAAACCACACGGCCUAGGGCUUUGAUAUUUGGUAUGUAGCAUCAUCUAGUGGUCCUCUACCAAGAUUAUUUAAAUUGUCCCCCUAGGGUCAAAUAUGGCCCCGCCCUGGGGGUCCCAAGUUAAACCUAGACUUAUAUAGGAAAAAAAGUUUAAAAAUCUUCUUGUCUGAAACCACAACACUUAGAUCUUUGAUAUUUGGUUUGUAGCAUUGUCUUAUGGUCCUCAACCAAAAUUAUUCAAAUUGUACCCCUUGGGUGAAAAGAGGCCCUGCCCUGGGGGUCCCAAGUUUUAUAUAGACUUAUAUAGGAAAAAAUCUUCUUGUCUGAAACCAUAUGACCCAGGCUUUUGAUAUUUGGUAUGAUGCAUUGUCUAGUAGUCCUCUACCAAAAUUGUUCAAAUGAUGCCCCUUGGGUUAAAAGAGGCCCCACCCUGUGGUCACUUAGUUAUUUUGUGAGUUAUAUAGGAAAAAAUACUUAAAAAAACAUUUGAUCCUAUUUCCAAGACUGUUUAAUUAUAAUUACCUGAUGACCCCAUGUAAUAUGAUGUCACUUGACUGUGACCUUGACCUACUGACCUACUUUCUUGUUUUUAAAGAUACAGCCUUGAAAUUUUGAUGACAUACACAGUUUUGCACACCAAUCGUGAAACUGAAUUUCAUUGACCAUGAAUGUGACCUACUGACUUUCUUAAUAUUUUAUCAUCAGUUUGGCAUUUGAAACAUGCAGCUCAUAUUACUCAGGUGAGUGAUCUAGGGUCAUCAUGACCCUCUUGUAUUUUCAUGCCGCCAUUGAAGAAGGGGGUAUACUGAUUUGCUUAUGUCCAUUGUUAGAUCUGUCUGCCUGCCUUUUGGUCUACAGACCAUUUUGUUUCUGAGGGUGUUAUGCCUACAUUGGUCAAAGUUCAUAGGGUGAUUUCCAGUAGUGAAUAGCUGCCCUCAAUUGUUUUGGGGCCAGUAUGUCAAAGUACAAGAUUACGGUGACCUUAAGACUGUAAAAGAUUUCCACGCAAUGACUAGAGAAAGCUAGGGCAUACAAGUAGUGUUAGACUUGAUAAUUUGAUUGUGUCUUUGGUCAGUAGAUAAUUUCCAUAUUUUUAGAGUUCAGUAAACCAAAGGUCACAGGCACAGUGACCUCGAGACUGAAGUCUGCUCAGUAACUUGAGAAUACUUUGGCAUACAUUAAUCAGACUUAAUGGGUUGGUUGUCUGUGGUCAAUAGAAAACACCAAUAAUUUUGUGGGUCAGUUGGUCUAAUAUCAAGACCACAGUGACCAUGGUACUAAAAAUGGUUUCCAGUCAAAAGCUGUAGAAUGCUUGGUGCUAGGGUAAUAGUAUGAUUGUUUGUGGUCAAGUACUAUUGUGGUCAGUACUUGAUACCUAUUGGUUUUUUUAUAUAUAUAUUUUGUGUGUGUUAGUGGGUAUGGGGGGUCUUAAAGCCAAAGGUCAUAACUUACUGAAGACUGAAAAAUACACACUCAAUAUUCUUAGACAUUCCAUCAUUGGGGCAUAUCUGUGUUACAGUUGAAUUGAAUUGUUAAUGAGUCUGUGAUAAUAAUGAUAAAACAGUGCAUUUUUUAAGGUAAUUUUUUUUUAUAAGAUACAGUUUGCUGAAUUUUGAACAAAAGUAAUUACAAUAUUGCCAGUGAACUUGGGAGCUAGUCUCAAAACCAAAGCAUCUGAUUGUUGUUGUUUUUUUUUAGCACUAGCCAGAAUUUAACCAAUGGUGAGAUUGCAUUUUGGUUCUGGUUGCAAAGGUUAGUUUAAAAAUCUUUUGAGCUGGGACCAUGCUGUUGAAUUUAUUGUUACAUGUUUGAUUUGAGGUAUAAACAAUUUAAAAUCUGUUAGAAUAUAAAUGAAUGUGGAUGUGUCAAAGGUCACUCUGUUUCUUUUAUAAAUUUUUUUAAAAUACGUUUAUAUAUUUGUUGUGUUAUGUAUGUGUUAGUAUAGUGAAUAUUGCUUCCAUAAGAAGGUUGCGCUUUACAUUGAGUUUUUUUUUAAUGAUGAAUUCCAUGCAGAAUGUAUUUGCUCUGUUACUAUGAAAUAAUUUAAUUUCAUUUGCAUUAAACAGGGACUUUGUGGGGAUAGGAAUUUGUGCAUUUCAGUUUUUAUGCCCCCGAAGGGAGGCAUAUAGUUUUUGAACCGUCUGUCCGUCUGUCGGUCUGUCAGUCUGUCUGCAAUUUUCGUGUCCGGUCCAUAUCUUUGUCAUCGAUGAAUGGAUUUUCAAAUAACUUGGCAUGAAUGUGUACCACAGUAAGACGACUUGUCGCGCGCAAGACCCAGGUCCGUAGCUCAAAGGUCAAGGUCACACUUAGACGUUAAAGGUCAUUUUUCAUGAUAGUGCAUUCGUUUCCGGUCCAUAUCUUUGUCAUCCAUGGAUGGAUUUUCAAAUAACUUGGCAUGAAUGUGUACCACAGUAAGACGACGUGUCGCGCGCAAGACCCAGGUCCAUAGCUCAAAGGUCAAGGUCACACUUAGAUGUUAAAGGUCAUUUUUCAUGAUAGUGCAUUUGUGUCCGGUCCAUAUCUUUGUCAUCCAUGGAUGGAUUUUCAAAUAACUUGGCAUGAAUGUGUACCACAGUAAGACGACGUGUCAUGCGCAAGACCCAGGUCCGUAGCUCAAAGGUCAAGGUCACACUUAGACGUUAAAGGUCAUAUUUCAUGAUAGUGCAUUGAUGGGCGUGUCCGGUCCAUAUCUUUUUCAUUCAUGCAUGGAUUUUAAAAUUAUUUGGCAUGAAUGUGUACCACAGUAAGACGACGUGUCGCGCGCAAGACCCAGGUCCGUAGGUCAAAGGUCCUAAACUCUAACAUCGGCCAUAACUAUUCAUAAGUGCCAUCGGGGGCAUGUGUCAUCCUAUGGAGACAGCUCUUGUUGAUGAUAAAAUGAAUAGGUAUUUAAUUUGUUUCUUUGAUUACCCUGCUAAAUUUCUAUAGUGAACUUGUCCAUCUUUCAGUUUGGACAGUGCCAUUAACUUUUAAUUUUCCAUUAUGAACAUAAAAUACAUUAAUUUCUUGUUAAAUCCUAUUUGUGAUAAUUACUUUCUCUAACGUUUGUCAAAGGUUUGAAUAUUGCUGAAUAUACUAGAAUGUUUUAUUGAAUCUAUUGUGUUUUAUUACCUCCCUUUAUUGCUCUAACUAUAACAGUUCAUGUGCAGUAUUAAAAGUAGUGCUUUUCUAAACAUGUGAGUAUGUUGUAAGGUCUAUUUGGAAAUCUGUUUUUAAGAUAAAAAUUUAAAGCACUAUGGCCCUUUAAAGUCAUUAAAAAAUAAAGACCAAACUCCCCUCCUGCCAGAAUAUUUAAGAUAUUUUCUGCAUUAUUGUAAAUUUUAUGAGAAUUGUUUUCCUAUAUGCAGUAGCUUUGUGGAAUCAUGUUAAAUGCAUUCUGUAUGCUUCUGUUUUAUAUCAGAAAGAUAUUCCUAAGUUAAUGUUCUUGUUUUUAUGUUAUAAAAUAUAAUUGUGUGCAUAAACUACCCCGUUGAAAUAUUACUAAGUCAUCUUUUGUAAAUAGGAAGUUGAUUAUUAUUUGAUUUGUAUAUUUUGUGCAAUGUUAUUAUUUUAGAAGUAAUACACCAUUGAAACUUGAAAAAUAUGUUUGGAACAUUGUUGUUACAAGUUUUCUGAUAUUUAUGUUUUUGAAAACCCAGCCUCAUGGUGCGUAGCUUGUAUGGACAUAUUUCAUGUGUACAUGAACACCAGUAGAUCUUACCCAGCUAGAUUUCUAUAAUGAACUUGUCCAUCAUUCAAUCUUGGCAGUACUACUUAUAAUUAAAAGGUGUGUUCAUUGAAAAUUUACUGACUGAAUAGCAAACAGUACAAACAGUGAUUGGACUGCACAGAUGUGCAGGCUGAUCUUGGUCUGCACUGGUCACAAAAUCAUUUUCCACCAGCAGGCUAAAGAGUUUUCAUUAGCAUGAGGCACUAGGGUUUUUAAACACACGAUCUGAAUGACCAUUAUACCAAGAGCCUUUCAUGUUACCUGUUCAUUGCAUUCCAGAAUGAAUGAGUGUGUGUACUUGAAUUAAAUAAAGACAUUGUCAGUUAAUGUACACCUGUAUUUUUACAGCAAACAGUUUGAUUUGUUGAUAGCAUGUUGCCUUACUUUGUUUAUAAAAGACAUGUUUUACGGUUUUAUCUAUUGCCCCCUCCCCUCUACCCUCAACCUCAAGGUUUUAUGUUAGGUCAGUCAUGGCUUUUAUUUUUGAUUUUAAAUAUGUGAUGAAGUUAAUAGUUGACAAAGGCUGAACAUAAAAACAGCUAUUUGUAAAUCCCUAAAAAUUUCUUUUAUUUCAGAGAAAAAAAUGCUCAUUUAUUUUUGUAAAAAAUAUCAGAAAUUCGAUUUAAAGUAUUUCAUUUUUCUUAAAAAGCUAUAGAGUAUAUUUUUUGUAAAGAAGUCUUUUGCCUCCACAAAAUUUUGGCAUUUUAAAUUUAUUGUAUAUGAAAUAUGCAUAUUGGUUUUAAAUACUCAUUUUAUUUGUGUACUUAGGUUAUACGUGUAUGGUUGUAUUUGUAUUUUCAGAACCAGUUAGAACUGUUUUUAUGCAAAUUAUUAUUUUGAUGUUGUGUAUUCACAGUCCUUGUUAUACCAUACAGAUGUCUUAAUAUCAUUACCGUAUAUAGAAAACAAUUAUUGUCUUACCUGGUCUUGUAUACUGUAAAAGCAGAAAUUUUCGUGAGGGUUUAAUUUUUGCUACAUUUGCGAGGCCCUACUUCACGCGAAAAUUAAUCCUCUGUAAAUAGACAACAUUAGUAUGAUACAAAUUCAAGUUUUAUACCAUUUUUAUACGCACGUACCCGAAAGAGCGUAGCGUAUUAUGUGAACAUACGUGGCAGAGGUGGGGCAGGCUUGCAGUAUGUAUUCAAAGCAUGUCAGCUCUCUUAAGUCGAACAGAUUUCAUCUGAUAUUCACCAAACUUGCUGACAAUGUUUGUGGGCAUAAAAUCUCAGCUAAAUUCGAUUACCACCCAAAUCGCCUCAGGCACUCUUGGAUUAUGGCCUUGGAUGACUCGAAAAAGUACAAAUUUAGCCUUGUCUGCUCUCUAAGUCAAACAGUUUUCAUCUGACGGGCGUGUUUUGUGACAGUCUGGCACUCUUGUUACAAUUUUGGGAAUAUUAAACCUCGUGAACACACUCAAAAUUUCAAAAUCGCAAAAUUUUGACCUAGCGAAAAUAUGUGCAUUUACUGUAAUUUGCCUUACCAUGACUACUUUACAGAUGGUUGAUAUUGCUGUUGGUUGGAUAAUAUUGGUGAUAUUUUUUUCCUAAUAUUUACGAAUAAUACCAGUCUUGGAUUUAGACUAUACAUGAUAUAAAUAUGCAUCAUGUGCCCUAACACACAAACACAUUUUGUGAAUUCCUAACACCAGGAAUAACACUGCGCACCACUAAAUAAAGGGUGUGCGGAUAUUAUAGUAUCUCAAAAUGAUCUCUGGUUUAGAUAUGGGUACAUUCAUAUCAGGUAAAAUUCCAAUUUCUUUAAACCUGAAUACUGUAUCAAGAUAAGUAAAUGAAUGAAAGUAAUACAUUGAUGUGUUUUUUAAUGCUAUACACUGCAUUUUAUUAUGAGCUAAGAGUAACUAAUUCUUUACCAGUAGAUUAUUUGAUAUUAGAAGCUUUUUAGUCCCGGCUUGUAUUAAGAAUUGAUAUUUUUUGUUGAUAAAAAAUUGUUUUUGAUUAGGUGACAAAAGUUUGUUUACGUGUUUUGCAAGUUAAUACACUGUAAGUGUUUCUGUAUGAUCAAAUGAUGUUGUUUUGCAAGACGAAGUUAAAUUUUGUUAUUUAAUAUGUUGUUCAUGAUCAAAUUAUGUUUAAAUUGAAAUAAAAAUCUAUGCACUCA